GAGGGUGAUGUGGGGGCGGCGGCAGGGUUGAAUCGGUAGAGAGAUUUUAUGGCGCAGGCACACCAGUAGCCGUUCCCGGGGCCCUAGCAGCGCAACAAUUCUCAUUAAGACGAGGGUUUUUAGUUUAAUGCAGCUAGUCGUCGAUUUCGGAAGUGAAGCUCACCACCGCGUAAAAGCGAAGGCGUGCGUGCGUGCCAGAUUAUUCUACGCACAGACGUGCAUUCGUGGCCGAUACAAGAGCAAUCAGUCCGGUACCGUGUGUGUGUGGGGUGGUACAUCAAUCGGCAGUUUUUUUUCUGUUUUGUUUUGUUUUGUUUCUUUGGUGACUAGCAAACGCACCAACAUACAACAAUCAGCAGAUCGUCUAAUGAUCGUUUAACGCAUAGAAUGCCGCAACAGUUACACCAAAUGGAAACAAAUUGCGGGAAGCUGUGCGAACAGAUCUGAUCGUGAGUGGUUUCCGUCGAAUGGUUUGCAAACAAAACCAAACAAAAGUGCUUUUGUGCUUUAAGGCAAAUUAGAAAAUGAAGCGCAUUGUGUGAAAAAUCGAAACCCCCGCCCUUUUCUCGUGACUCGCAGGACUGUGUUGAGGUUGAAAAAAGUGAAGAAAAAAUUACCAAAAAAAAAAGAAAAAAAUAACAAGUUUAAUGCAAUCACCGCACCAUCAUCUGCUACACCGGGACGGCGUGGAAACUUUCUACCAGUGAUGUCUUGUCGCGUGCAUGAUAACCAAUUUCACAGUGCAAAUUUUUACGGUACGUCGGUCGAUGGAUUGAAAAUCAAAUUUGUUUCUCUUCUUCCCAGCAGUACGCCUUCCAGUUGAUCUAGAUUUGACUAACAAAAAAAAAUCACGAUGCGAAAAGUGUUCCACUAGGAAGGGAACGAUCGUGGGUUGAACUGUGAGUGAGGGAAAGAUCGCUUAUAUUUGCACAAAGCGCGUAUUAGUAGCUGGACGGCAAGGCCGGUGGAUAAACGAACGAUCAAUCUGGAAGGAGCUGAAAAGCUUACGAGUCUAAGAGCAUCGCAGCGUGCUGUAACGUAACAGAUGUCCGCGUUUUACCGAUUUUCCCGUCCAAGGAUUAAAAAAGGAGAAAGAAGGGGAAAGAAAAAAAAACAAUAGACAAUGAUUGAGUCUGGUUUUUGCAAAUGGUGCAAUGUGAAAUGUUUCACCCGUAUCGCGUCAGCAUCAUCUAUCAACCGCAACUCCAGCCAACCUAUCAAUAUAUUAGAUCAAACACUAACACGCCCCCAAAAACCGCACGAUCUGCACGACCGCAUGCAGAUGAAGCAAAACUCAACUCAGAAAAAAAAAACAGUGAACAAAAACCAAAAAAAAAAACAAACGCCACGCUCGAUCGGAAAGGGGGCAGUGAAAAUAUAAUAUCGUGCCAUAGACCCUUAGCGGUCGCGUCGCUAAUUGUUCGUACGCUGAACGAGCCAAAGAGUUCGUGUCCACAAUGCAUCUAACAAUCAACAGCGCACCGACGCUUAGCAAUGGGAGCGGUGGAGGAAGUAGCGGAGGUGCUGUUGGCGGAGGAAACAAUGGACCCACUAACGGUGGUGGUGGUACAGGCGGCAAUGGUGGAGGCUUGAGUGGCUGUGCUCCCAAUGGUCAUACGGGACACCACGGUGGCACUGGUAGCGGUGGUAGUGGUGGUGGUGGAGGAGGAGGUGGCGGUGGUACAGGAGGUUCUGGCAGUACCGGCACCGGCACCAGCGGUGGUGGUGGUGGCGGCGGCGGCGGAACCGGAAACGCUGGCGGCACCGCGACCAAUGGCAACGGAUCGAGCACGGGUGCCGGCGGCGAAAGUGGCCCACCGUCGGCGGCCAGCAUCCUGAACGACACCUAUACGAAAAUGACGUCGGACAUCCUGGCGGAACGGACGCUGGGCGACUUUCUGUCCGAGCACCCGGGCGAGCUGAUCCGAACCGGGAGUCCUCUGUUUGUGUGCACAGUGCUGCCCCCGCACUGGCGCUCGAAUAAAACACUUCCGGUUGCGUUCAAGGUUGUCGCGCUCGGUGACGUCGGUGACGGCACGAUGGUGACGGUGCGGGCCGGCAACGAUGAGAACUACUGCGCCGAGCUGCGUAAUUGCACCGCUGUCAUGAAGAACCAGGUUGCCAAGUUCAAUGAUCUGCGUUUCGUUGGCCGGAGCGGCCGUGGCAAAAGCUUCACGCUUACUAUCACUAUAUCAACAAGUCCGCCGCAGGUGGCCACCUACAACAAGGCAAUCAAGGUGACGGUGGACGGACCACGGGAACCAAGAUCGAAAACAACAUCUUUCGUAGGACAACAGCAGCAGUUCCAUUUCGCGUUCGGACAACGGCCAUUCCACUUCCCGACCGACCCAUUGUCCAGCUUCCGGAUGCCGCCACUAGGUAAUUGUCAGAAUAUGACCCAAUUUGGACUCAGCUCCACUAACUCCCACUGGAGCUACAGCUCAACAGGUCCAUACUCGCCGUAUCUAACGUCUUGCACGACACCAACUGCAUCACAGUUUAACAAUCCUGCACUCGGUUUCACGUGCAGCUCGGGUGAACAAAACGGUGGGCAGGAGUUCUCGGCUUCAGCGCGGGACUGCGUUACAAUGCUUCCGGACUCGACGGCGGCCGAUCUCGACCAGCACCUGAGUAGUCUGGUCGGUGCGACACAGCAAGCCACCAGCCACAUGGUACAAACCAAUAUCAUUUCCGGUGGUGGAGGAGUUACUAGCAAUUCGGGCAACGGUGGUGGCAACGGUGCUGGCAGUAACGGCAACGGCUUAACGCCACAAAUCCCAACACACAUUUCUAAUGGUCUGAUCGUGCCACGAUAUGCACAGACGGCUGGUACGAACAAUCACGCCGAUGCGUAUGGACUCACCAGCAGUCAAAGUGAACCGCGCAGCUUAAGUGACUCCUCCCAGGCCGAGUCACCGGUGCAGGACGAUCUGCUGUCCUCGAACACGCCCAACCUCGGUAGCAGCGGUCCCAGCUCCACCACGGGUGGCGGAAGCGGUGGCGUUGGUGGCGGUGGUGGGGGUGGUGGUGGUGGAGGAGGAGGUGGUGGUGGUAGCGGUACUGGUGGAAGCGGGCAUCAUCAGAACUUCUCGAGCAUCGUGAUGAACCAAAGCAAUGGUGGUUCGAAUGCGUCGACGACGUCCAACUAUGUCGGCUCCAACGGCACGGGCAGUUGCAACGGUUCGCCACUUUAUCCAGUCCUUCCCGCCAGCCUGCUCUACUCGCAGCUUUACACCGCAGCAAACCAGUCGGUGGGUGGAUUUGGACAUUCGGUCAACCAUCAUCAUCACCACAUCCAGUCGCCGCACGGUGCGGCAGCGGCAGCAGCCGCGGUCGCCGUCGCAACAGGAGGAAGUCCAGUGCAGAAUAGUGCAUCGGCAGCGGCUGCUACGGCUGCUGCAGCAGCAAUGCAUGCCGGUGAGCUGCAGAGCGUGAUGGACCAUCUAACGGCCGGUACGAACCAGGCAGCAGCAGUGGCGGCAGCGGCCGUAUCCCACCGGCAUCACCACCAUCACCAUCAUCACCAUCAAGCGGGUGCAAACCUAAUCGGUGGCCACGGUCACGGCAGUCAGGGUGGUGGUGGAGGCGGCAACACACAUCCCGAUCUGUCGCUCAUCGGCAACUGCGGAGCGAUGGCGCGCGGAGCACUCGACGAGACGGGCCAUCGUGUUUUGGGCGGUGGCGGUGUGGGCGGGGGACGACUUGGCGGUCCACCGGGUGGUUCCGGACAGGUAGGCCAAGCAGCCGACAAUGGUAAUUCCGUUUGGCGGCCGUACUGAAACCGAACUAUCUCAGCGGUGUCCGUUACGGUCACCUCCAUGGCCGCCAGCACAUUACCACCACAACUUUCCUUCACCCCGUUCUCCUCCAUGUCUUCAUCCUCGUGCUCCUCCGCUUCCCCAGUUACUUACGGUUGAUAGAUCAACAGCAAUGCGUAAUCCACCAGACGGGAAGAAACGUUACAGCUGUGCUAAUGGAGGCAAACUUAUCGUUAGCGGGCACGAAUCAUGCUGGGAGUAUUGGAAAACACGGUAUCUGCACAAUGGGAAUCGUAACAAUGAGCUAAGAACCAAACUGUUAAAAUUUAUAUUUAUCACGCUUCUUGUAUAUACACACCACAUACACCACUACCCCGAUUAAUUCUGCACCUGUUGCAACGGAAAUAAAAAAAAACAAACAAACUCCCCCCUCGUCUGCAUACUGCUCAUAGCGGUGGUAUAAGCAAGAAUGUCUGUAAUUAUAAGAAAAGCAUGAUCUUCUUCGCGAACCGAUUACAUUGCCCAUUGCGGCAAUGCUUCAGGUUACGAGCGUAAAAACGGGGAGGUAAGGGGUUAGUAAAUUGCAGUUAUAAUUAUUAUAUGUCCAAUGGUGGUAAACGUAGUAAAGUACAUUAGCAUGAUUCAUACUUGUGGCUAAUAUGUAAAAUAUGCGGAACAGAACAGAAAAAAAGGCACAGGCUGAUUAUUAGGAGUACAGACCAAACUUGAUGUCCGUACUAUCACAUGCUGCUAGCAGAAGUAAAGCAUAAGCUAAAAACAAAACAAAAAAAUGGAAAACAAUUAUUGCAAAGCCACUUCCUUCAAAGUAAAAUUGUAGAAUCGUCGAACCAGGCCAAGUUACCGCUUCUCGCAAAGGUUCCGAUCACAACACAUCAACCUUACCCAAACCAAUUGUGUAGAUUGGCAGGCAAAGUAAUAUUAGAAGCGAAUGUGUUUGCUCGUAAGCAGUGAUUGUAUCUAAAUGCUGCCCUGCUCAAGAUAAAGGCUAAUGCAAAACAACAAAUAUACAGAACACAUAUUAGAACUCGCCUAUUGAAUCGGUGCUUUCAUUUGCACAGUAGACAGUCGAUUUCUGAUAUUAAAAUAAUGUUUCCACUAUUGAUGGUUUAUCAAUAAAAGUUAAAUAAAAAAAAAUUAAUAACAAAAAAAAAGAGAAAGUCAACCAGCCGUACAAUCAUCUGGACUGAGAAACCUUCCUUACUGUCACGCUUUACACGCAGGUUCGUCUCCUUUUCGUGCAAAUCUUUUGCUCCCUUCCUUCUAAAUUCGUUGUCGCGUAUUAUCCAGUGGGUGGAGCGGAACCAAGACACGAACCUAGCGAAUGUUUUUAGGUGAGAGUUUAUUCAUGUGUUUUUUUUAUCGCUAUUGCAAAGCAUACCGACUACCGCUGUGAAGAUACUGACCGGACAGAUUUAUUAUUCAUAUGUGUGUUUUUUUUUUGUUUUUACUUUUUAGCUUACAAAAAUACUGCUGUAUCGAAAUGAGUUUAAAAUUUUAGUAUAUUUUUAUAUCCAUUAUAGCAGCUUUUGUUCAUUACUCAUUCUUUAUCGAUGUUGAUUUGCUAAUUAAUAUCCUAAUUUUUUUACUUAUGUUUGGAAGGUAUGCAAUACGAAUUGUACCGUAUUAUUUUGCAAACAAAUUUCGAAAAUCGGGGCGUAUGUGAUAAACGGUGCCAGUCCACACGACAGGACCGGGUUUCAAAUCCAUUCCGGACCGUCCCCACGUAGCAAGGACUGACUAUCCUGCUACGUGGUAAAAAAACAAGUCUUGACCGUUCCAGACCGUUCUAACCGAGAAAAAAAAUCGACUCGCCUGGCACUGGUGAACUGAUUAUGUUAUACGAAUGAUAUCGGACGUCACAAAUUGUUAAAAAAAUUUGAAUAUCAUCAUUCGAAUAUCAAAUCGAAUAUCGUGGGAUUUUUCUGGACCAAUCAUCUGGAGAAAUCGAAGCUAACGCAGCUACUUUUAUAUUUAGCUAUGUUGUAUUCAUUGUUUACUUCAGUUUAAUCUCAUGUUGUGCUUUUAAUCGCAUUCCACUACAACGUACAAGACGGUCACUGACUACAAGAUUUCAAUGGAAGCUGAACUUGUUGGAGGAAAACAAAAAAUCUCGUUUAUCGAGUUAAUAAUUGCAACAUCAUUUUAUGAAAAACGUAUUACAAACAGUAUUAAAGUAAAUAAUUCUGUAUGCAUUAUGUGUUGU